AUGGCAGAACUCUUCCUCUGGGACCACCCUGUGAGCCCCUUUUCCCAGAAGAUUCGUCUCGCCCUGCGUGAGAAGAACAUCCCAUUCGAGCAUGAGACACCGAAGGGAGGGGGCAGCGGUAACCUAACAAUUCUCGAUCCGAAGUUCGUCCAAGAUAACCAUCGGCUUGAAGUUCCCACGUUGGUCGACGGUGACCUGAAGAUCUUCGACUCAACCAUCAUCCUCGAGUACAUCGAGGAUAAAUACCCCAAACUGCCCCUCCGUGCUGCCAAUGCCACAGGACGUGCGAAAGCACGUAUGAUCGAGGACGUGUGCGACUCACAGUACGAGGCCAUCAAUUGGGGGAUGGGCGAGAUUGAGACGUUUAAGCGCGCUGAUGGCGAGCUGGCCGAGAGAAUGAAAGAAAAUGCAAGGGGCCAGGUCAGGCAGAUCCAAGCUUGGCUUACAGCGCAGCUCGGGGAUGCGGAGUGGUUUGGCGGCGAUAAAUUUGGAUACGCAGACGUUUGCGUAUGGCCAUUUGUGAACCGUUCAACCUCGUACUGUCUGGAACCCGAGUCCGGAACACCGCUAAGGAGGUGGUAUGAGCGUGCAAAAGAACGGCCGUCAGUGAAGGCGGUGUUUGACGAGUUCUCGGUGGGUGUCAAGGGUGUCGCUGCAGCUUACGAUUUCUUGCAGGAGGGUCUGCUCAAGCGAGAGUAUCGGGAUCAUCGCCUGGAGUGGAUGAUCAAAUCUGGUGGCAUUGACAUUGUGCAGGAAGGGCUGGCGAAGAAUAAUGUCCGGUUUCAGUGGCCGGUCUGA